AUGUCCAAAGAAAUCUCAAGUAGUGUCAUCCACUGUAAAGAUGCAAGGCAGAUGUGGCUUGAUUUGCAAGAAAGGUUUUCCCAUGUGAACAUUGUUCAAUUGUUUCACAUAGAAAAUGAGAUCCAUGGCUGUGUACAAGGCAACAUGACGGUGAGUUCGUACUUCACUAAAUUAAAAGGGCUUUGGGACGAACGUGAUGUACUGUGUUCUAUCCCUGCAUGUAGUUGCGACACGAAAAAGGAGAUUAUUUCUUAUGUUGAAACCCAGAAAACCAUGAAGUUUCUCAUGGGUUUAAACGAUUCAUAUUCCACCGUUCGAAGUAAUACUCUCCUCCUUGAGCCUUUACCAACAGUGAACAAGGCCUAUUCCUUUGUUCUUCGUCAUGAGAGGCAGGCAGAAGUCUCAACUGGAAAGCAUUUUUCUCAACCUGAAGCGGCAGUCUUUGCCGUGAAAAAUGGUGGCCGAGAAAAUGAACAAGAAGACGGAAAUCUUCGUUGUGGGAAAUGUAACAAGACGAACCAUAUUACCAAGCACUGCCGAGCACACCUCAAGUGCACUUUUUGUGGAUGGAAAGGUCAUUCAUUCGAAUAUUGUCGCAAGCGCAAAGCAGCUGCUGAACCUGAACAAAAUCGCCCAUCUUCUGCUAAGGGUAAUCAUGUUGCAGUGCAUGACAAGAAGGACGGGAUGCCCAAUUUUCCCUUCUCUCAGGAGGAUUGCAAACAGAUACUUGCGAUGUUAAACAAGAACAAGUCAUCCUUUGCGAAUCACGUUGGUAAUUCAUCAAACAAUGAAGAACUCUCAGGACCUACGCUCGGGGAAGAUGAUUGGGAUGGGAUUUGA